AUGGCCGAUUGGGCUAAAAUUCCUGCCAAAAGCCUUGGGCUCGUCAAGUCAACCAACAGAUCACUUCUCAAGGUGUUGCAAUCGGAAGAUCAAUAUCUCAGGUCGAUUCAUGGCAGAUUUCUAAAUAUGAUGCGAGAGCAGCGUGAAAAUGGAAGGAAGCUCAACGUCGCUUGUUUCUUCGAGGAACUAGCUCUACCCGCAGUCGGCAAGGUUGUGUCAAAGGAUUCAGCUACGUUCGAGGGUUACGAUCCAAUCAGUAUCCAUGCAGAUCAUGCAGACAUGGUUAAGUUCAGGUCUGCAGAAGAGAAUGGUUUCAAAAGGGUUGUUGGAGUACUCACAGCCUGGGAAUCAGAGAUCGAUGACAGAUGUUUAACUACAAUCCAACCGGAGACCAAUGCCUCGACUGGUAAUAUUUCUGUGGAUGCAGCGACUAAAUCCAGGCCACAUUAUCUUCCAUUCACGAGGAACAAGAACUUCACAGGACGAAAUGAAGCGAUCAGUGAGCUUCAGAAGCUACUGUUUACUCAUUCCGAUGGUUCACGAGUCGCUCUCGUUGGCUUGGGCGGCGCAGGCAAGACCCAGACCGCCCUCCAGCUGGCACAUCUUACGAAGAAUCACAGCCAAAGUCACUAUUCUGUCAUCUGGAUAUCUGCACUGAGCAAAGCAAGUUUUGAGCAGUCAUGUAUUGAAAUGAUCAAAGUAUUCAAAAUCAAGCACCCCGCAGACAAGGACCCAAGGGAAACGUUCAAGGACUUCCUUGGCUCAGAUGAAGCAGGAAAGUGGUUUCUUAUCAUUGACAACGCCGACGACAAGGAGAUUUUAUAUGGUACGGGAAGUGGCCAAGGGGCAGGAGGGAUUGCACAAUUCAUUCCAGAUUGUGAGCAAGGGUACAUCCUGCUGACAACACGAUCUCACGACAUAGCCGCCAGUUUUUCGCAGACCAAUUUCCAUGAGUUAACUGGUAUGGAUAUGAAGGAUGCUAGGGCCCUUCUCCAGAAUUCAUUAAAGAGGAAAGGUCAAAUGCAAGAUACCGCAAUGGCCGACAAACUAUUGCAAGAGCUCGCCUAUCUACCGCUUGCAAUCACACAGGCUUCAGCAUACAUGAAUACCAGCAAGAUCCCAAUCAAGGAGUAUUUACGGCUGCUCCAAAACACAAGCCGGGAUAAGAUAGAGCUGCUCAGUGUCGGAGUUUAUGACAGCACUCACUACACUAACCGCCAAGGCGCUGUUCUUACGACUUGGAUUGUAUCUUUCAAACAGAUCCGUGCUUCACAUGAGGAUGCUGCAAAACUACUUUCGUUCGUGGCAUGCCUCGAGCCGAAAGCUAUACCUCGAGCCUUGUUACCGCGCUUGGAAUCUGAACAAAGUAUGACAAGCGCUAUCGGUACUCUUUGCAGCUAUGGCUUCUUCAAUCGACGAGAAGACAGCGAUAUGUUCGACAUGCACAGCCUCGUACACCUGGCUACUCAAAUAUGGAUUCGAGACGAGGGUCACGAGAAUAGAACACAGCAGUUGGCCUUUGAACAUGUGGCCAAGGUCUUUCCAACCGAUGAUUGGGAGAAUCGUGAGGUGUGGCGGCAGUAUCUGCCGCAUGCGCUUCGGCUCCUCAGAAGUUUGGACAGCAACAAGAGUCAAAAAGCAUGUGACCUGGGAUACUGGGUUGGCCGAUGCCUGCGUCAAGAUGGAAAAAUAAGACAGGCUGUAGAGCUGCUAGAGCAUGUUGUUGCAAUCCAAAAUAUGUUGCCAGAGGAUAGUCCAGAUCGACUGAAAUCACAGCAUUCUCUUGCAUUAGCAUAUAGGGAUAAUAGACAGAUCAAGGAAGCAGUACAGCUGCUAGAGCACGUGGUUACAGUUCAAAAGACAUUAGCAGAGGAUCACCCAAGCCGACUUGCAUCACAACACGUUCUUGCAUCAGCAUAUAAAGACAACGGACAGAUCAAGGAAGCAGUACAGCUGCUAGAGCAUGUGAACAUGACGACUAUUAAUCUGUAUCACAUGAAUCGAGAGAAAAAGAACAUCGGAACUUAA